GCAGCGGCUCCCGGCCCGGUUCGGCCCGGCCCGGCCAUGGGCUCCGCACACUCCGUGCCCGCCGAGAUGCGGGCUCUGGCCGACAGGACCGGCUUCACCUCGGAGCAGAUCGAGCACCUGCACCGGCGCUUCAAGCAGCUGAGCCGGGACCAGCUGACCAUCCGCAAAGAGAACUUUGACAGCAUCCCUGAUCUGGAGUUCAAUCCAAUUAGGGGGAAAAUCGUCCAUGCCUUUUUUGACAAGAGGAACCUGCGGCAGGAGUCAGAUGGGCUGGCAGACGAGAUCAACUUCGAAGACUUCCUGACCAUCAUGUCCUACUUCAGACCCAUCGAGAUGAACAUGGAUGAGGAGCAGCUCGAUCGCUUUCGGAAAGAGAAGCUCAAAUUCCUCUUCCACAUGUACGACUCGGACCACGAUGGGAAGAUCACAGUGCAGGAGUACAGAAAUGUGGUGGAGGAACUGCUGUCAGGGAACCCCCAUCUGGAGAAGGAGUCGGCGAGGUCCAUCGCCGACGGGGCCAUGAUGGAGGCCGCCAGCAUCUGUGUGGGACAAAUGGGGCCGGACCAGGUGUAUGAGGGCAUCACCUUUGAAGACUUCCUUAAGAUGUGGCAGGGGAUCGACAUUGAAACCAAGAUGCACGUUCGCUUCCUCAACAUGGAGACCAUUGCACACUGCUACUGAGCUCCACUGCCUCCUGGGAGCCAGAGAGGGAGGAGGAAGAGGAGGAGGAGGAGAAAGAGAAGGAGGAAGAGGAGAAGGAAGAGGACUCUGCAGCAGCUCCAUGUCCCUGGCACUGAGCACUUGGUACCUGCCUGUGUGCCUGUCCCCGUAGCGGGGCUGCCUUCUGCUCUCUAGAAACAUGAAGAGGCUUUUAUCUGUAAUAAAAGACACCUCCAUCGUCUGGGCUCAGCACCAGCUGGUGCAGAGGGUCAGAGCCUGACUUUCUGGCUGAGACUGAACCUUCUCCUGAACCUCCUCAUCUUGCUCCCUUGGCCAGACCCUCAGUGAUCUCUUCCCUCCUCACACACAACAUCCAGCUUCUCCCCAAAUCCCCAGGUUUCAGGAGCAGACACAGGCUCCUUUCCCUCUCUUCUCCCAGAAACUACCACACAGACACAUCCUGCUCCCAGACCAGCUGCAGGCUCCAGGCCACCUGCCCCUGUUGCCAGCAGCUGUUGUGUGGGUCCAAGAGGUGCUUUUUCCCCUCCAUGAAUGGUCCAGCAGAGUGUCCCCUCCCCAGCAAAGCCCUUGCUGGGGGUGCUGCAGCUGGUUGACAUAAGAUCAUAGAAUCCCAGACUGGAUAGGGUGGGAAGGGACCUUAAAGAUCAUCAGUCCCAACCCCCUGCAUGGGCAGGGACACCUGCCCACAACACUGGUCCCAUGUGUCCUGACUGCAGCUCCUCACCUUGAAGCUCUGCCCUCAGCCCCAGGCACCACCCAGUGCAGAAGAGCUGCCCCCUUGAGUGACAACCUCUGGGAUACAACAGGGGUCCGCUGAGGCAGGAGUUCACCUUUGCCCAUACCUACCACAAACUGGUAGCACUGAAGUCCCUGGGAGUCUCCAGAUGGGAAAGCCAAAGGUGGUAUCUAUCUCCAGUAAGACUCAACAGUGACUCCAGUUCUUGCUCUUGGGAGUUACUAGGGAAGAGGCUCCAUUUAAAUGUCAACUAACCCUGGUGAAGAUGUGAGCAGCCCCCAUUUGCUACACCCCAGCACCCACACCAGCACCGUUUUAAUGACAACCCAGUGAAGAAAGACAACAUCCCUCUUGAGAAACACAAACUCAACUCUAAAACAGCCCAAGUGCCCUCAUUUGCAUAAUGAAUGGUCAUUAAAUACAUAAAUAAUCUUCUGCUCUGGUAAAAUAUUCCUGAAUGGAUGUCAGUGAUGGGAAAAAGAGCCCAAAAGGAGCACCUGCCAAUCUGAAUCCCAGAAUGG